UCUCUUUCUUUUUCUUUAAACUUUCGUAGUUUCAGACACGUUUUGAAAUGGGGAAGGUGAAGUGCUCAGAAUUGCGUCAAAAGGACAAAAAGGAGCUAACAAAGCAGCUUGAAGAUUUGAAGCAAGAGCUUUUAGGUCUUCGUGUUGCAAAGGUUACAGGUGGAGCUCCUUCCAAACUUUCAAAAAUUCGCGUUGUUCGUAAAGCCAUCGCUCGUGUUUAUAUCGUUAUGAACCAGAAGACUAAGGAGAAUCUUCGUAAAUUGUACAAGGGCAAGAAAUAUAAGCCUCUUGACUUGAGACCGAAGAAGACGCGCGCUAUGCGAAAGGCUCUAAGUGAACGGGAUGCCAACCGACUCACAAUGAAAGAAUUGCGUAAACGAUCAAGAUAUCCACCACGCAAAUACGCUGUUAAAGCAUAAAUAAGCGUAUGUUAAAUAUUUCCAAUCAAACAUCUGAAAUAAAAAACUUCUGCUGAAAAUAUUUCGAU